AUGCGGGACGAGACGCUCGCCCUGGGUGGCCAGAUCCUCUCCGUCCGGUGGUCCAAGCUGCCCUCAGCCCCCGGCAGCCGGAUCCGACGCAGCGAAGGUGCCGUGGCCGGGCUGGUGCUUCCCACCGGCCCUCCGCACCGCAGCGAGAAGAGCCCGAAGGCUUUAAUCAAUCGCCGGGUGAAACCUAAACCUUGCGACCGAGGGGAAUACGCUGAACCGAACGGCAGCCGGAUGAAGCGGCGGGCGGCGGCGGCGCUGACGGCGGUGCGCACCGAGGGCGCGGGGCCGCCCGGCGGGACCCCCCCGCCCCGCCGCCGGGGGCUGCUGGCGGGACCGCGCCCCGGGGCCGCCGCCCGCCCCGCCGGGCCCCCGCGCUGCUGCCGCCGCCGCCUGCAGAACUGCCUCUACAACGUGCUGGAGCGGCCCCGCGGGUGGGCCUUCGUCUACCACGUCUUCAUAUUCCUCCUCGUCUUCAGCUGCCUGGUGCUGUCGGUCUUCUCCACCAUCCAGGAGCACCAGAAACUGGCCAACCAGUGCCUCUUCAUCCUGGAGUUCGUCAUGAUCGUGGUGUUCGGCAUGGAGUACAUCAUCCGCGUCUGGGCGGCCGGCUGCUGCUGCCGCUACCGGGGCUGGAGGGGACGCUUCCGCUUUGCCAGGAAACCCUUCUGCGUUAUAGAUUUCAUCGUCUUCAUCGCCUCGGUGGCCGUCAUCGCCGCCGGCACCCAGGGCAACAUCUUUGCCACCUCCGCGCUGCGCAGCAUGCGCUUCCUGCAGAUCCUGCGCAUGGUGCGUAUGGACCGUCGUGGCGGCACCUGGAAGCUGCUGGGCUCCGUCGUCUAUGCCCACAGCAAGGAGCUCAUCACCGCCUGGUACAUCGGCUUCCUGGUGCUCAUCUUCGCCUCCUUCCUCGUCUACCUGGCUGAGAAGGAUGCCAACGCCCAAUUUGCCACCUACGCCGACUCCCUAUGGUGGGGCACGGCCUCCCCCUGCUCUGCCUCCGGGCAGGUCACCCUCACCACCAUCGGCUACGGGGACAAGACGCCGCAGACGUGGCUGGGACGGAUGCUGGCGGCCGGCUUCGCCCUGCUCGGCAUCUCCUUCUUCGCGCUGCCUGCCGGGAUCCUGGGCUCCGGCUUCGCCCUCAAAGUGCAGGAGCAGCAUCGGCAGAAGCACUUUGAGAAGAGGCGGACUCCGGCGGCGAACCUGAUCCAGGCUGCCUGGCGACUGUACUCGACGGACGUCAGCCGGGCGUACUUGACGGCCACGUGGUGUUACUACGACAGCCUCCUGCCCUCCUUCAGAGAGCUGGUCCUAAUGUUUGAGCAUUUGCACCGAGUCCGCAAUGGAGGAUUUAGGAAUUCAGAGGUGAAAAAAUUGCCCGACGGAGCCCCACCGCCUUAUCACUCCUUCACCCCUGGCCAGAAAAGCAUCAGCCCUGCCGCUUGUUCAGGGGAAAGCUGGAAGGAGGAGGAUGUGCAGCCCCACAAGUGCUUACGCCUCAGCAACAAGAUGGGCAUCAGGGACCGCAUCCGGCUGAGCAACUCGCAGCGGCAGGGCAGCCGGGGCAGGCAGCACCUGGGGCCCCCCCUGCACCGCUCCCCCAGCACCGAGGACAUCCCCGAGGCCUCCAGCCCCACCAAGGUGCAGAAGAGCUGGAGCUUCAACGACCGGACCCGCUUCCGCGCAUCCCUGAGGCUCAAGCCACGGACCCCAGUUGAGGCCGACUGCCCGCCGGAGGACAGCAGUGAGGAGAAGAGCUCCCACUGUGACCUGACCUUCGAGGAUAUUAUGCCAGCAGUGAAGACCCUCAUCCGGGCUGUCAGGAUCCUGAAGUUCCUGGUGGCCAAGAGGAAGUUCAAGGAGACCUUGCGUCCCUACGACGUCAAGGACGUCAUCGAGCAGUACUCGGCUGGCCACCUGGACAUGCUGGGCAGGAUCAAGAGCCUGCAGAUGCGCGUGGACCAGAUCGUGGGCAGGGGGGGCCUUGCCAUGGACAAGAAGAUGCGGGAGAAGGGGGAGAAGCCAGCGCUGGAGACGGAGCCAGUGGACGAGCUCAGCAUGAUGGGUCGCGUGGUCAAAGUGGAGAGGCAGGUGCAGUCCAUCGAGCACAAGCUGGACCUGAUGCUUGGCCUCUACUCCCAGUGCCUCCGCAAGGGCUCCACGAACUCCUUCAGCCUGGCCGCCGUGCAGGUGCCCCCCUGCGAGCCCGACAUCACCUCCGACUACCACAGCCCCGUGGACCAUGAGGACAUCUCGGUCUCUGCCCAGACCCUGAACAUCUCCAGGUCGGCCAGCGCCAACAUGGACUGA